CAGAAGAAAAGACACAUAUGCACAACCUGCGACCGCGCAUUCACAACAAGCGGCCAUCUCGCAAGGCACAUACGAGUACACACUGGCGAGAGGAACCACAAGUGUCCCUUUCCCGGCUGCGAAACACGCUGUUCGCGCCAGGAUAACCUCCAGCAGCAGUCAGUC